GAGGCGGAGAAGAGUCUGGGCUAGGGUUUGGCGGCGGCGGAUGUGUUCUGCAGAUCGAUGAUUUCAUUCUAGUUUCCUCGGUCCUUUCCAGUUCUUCAAUUCUCUUUUUGUUGUUUGAGGCGUGGUGAUGGCUCCUAAACGACGACGAGCCUUGGGAGAGUCUAGUUCCCGUGGUUCUCCGGAUUUAACAUCUGCUACUCGCACAGUGAAGAGGCGUCGUUCUUGUCGAGUGGCUACCGAGAGAUCGAGGAAAGUGGACUUGAUUGAUGAGUCUGAUGAGGAUGGGGAUGGGAAGCAUAUUAAGUCAAGAUGGUCUACUGCUCGUGUCGCUAGAUUUAUCAAAAAUCUGCUUCCUGUUCAGAAGGGUUUCAUUGAGAAACAUGGAUUUGGAUUUCUAUUUGAUAUCAAGAGUUUCAGAGUUCCAGUUAAAUUUCUUGAGUGGGUUAUGUCUAAUACUUAUGCUACUUCGUAUGAGUUCACGCUGAAAAACAAGACAAUUAGAUUUACUAAGGAAAUGGUUGUCAAAGUUCUAGGUAUUCCAUCUGGAACUAUGCAAGUAGAAGUUGAUAGUUUUGAUUUUGAGAUAGAGGCACUUGUCGAACAGUUCAAAUCUGAAUACAAGGAUGGCAAAUCAUAUCCAAUAAGCAAGUGCAUUCAAUUGAUGAGUCAGGAAGAAGAUGAAAUAACAUUUAUGAGGCACUUUAUGUUUUUUUUUAUAUCCACCAUUCUUAUGCCUGGCAAAUCUAAUACCUUAUGUGUUGAGUAUUUAUACUCCUUGGUUGAUCAUGAGCUGUUACCAAAACUGGACUGGGCUGAUGAAAUCUUGCAUGUCAUUAUGCAUGAAGUACACCGCUUUCACCAGUUGAGGGAUAGUCUUGGAAAUGAUGUUGCUUUGAAACACUUUUAUAUGGAGGGAUGCUUACCAUUGCUGGCUAUUUUGUAUGCUGAUUUCUUGGAUUUGCCACAACAUAGUACAUAUGUCCACAGCUUGAGCUAUGGUGUGCCUAGGAUUUGCAACUUAUCUUCAAGUGAUUUUGAUUUCAUCAUGGAAAUCGAUAGGAACAACCAUGCUCGCCCUCAUGUUUACGGAAUGCGAUCAUUUCGAGAUAUAACACAGACUCCAUAUUACACAGCUCGGCCUGUUGACCGUGAUUUGCCACCCAUUGCACUUCACGCUGAUGUGCAGCGUUUAGUUGCAAAGCAAAAGGCUUUGUGGAAGGAUGAUUUAACUUUUCUGCAAUCAAGUUUUAAUCAAGCUCUUGAUAAUCGAGUUCGUGGCUUUACAUCUGAAUUCAAUAAUAUGUAUAAGUCAAAGUUACAGGAAAUUGAAGCCCUUAAGCGUUCUGUGGAAAAUCUAAAAUCUUCAAUUCCUUCUUGUUCUAAAGCUCCUCCUAUACUCAACACGACCUCAAGCUUUGGUCCAAGUACAAUAGACUUGAAAAAUAGAAAGAAGAGGAAGGUUGGAGAAGCCAUUGUCCAACCACUUCCUGCUCUAGUUGUCAAAGUUGAUGACCAGACUGAAAAUUUCUAUAAGAAUUAUGUUUGUAGCAAUGGUGUCAAAUAUGCAAAGUUCAAGAAAAAUGCUCCUUUUGUCAAAGUUGAUGAUAUGGAGGUUUCUUAUCAGGAGUUUCAGGAAUCUCUAAAGAAGUAUAGAGAUAUCACAGAUACUUUAAUGUCAUUUUACUGUUCUAUUUUCAAUGGUAAACCAAUGAAGUACUUGUUUGACAAGUCUGAUCGCAAGAAAAUUGCACUAUCUCCAUCUCUUGCAAAAAAGUUGCUUGUUAGCCCUUCUGUAUUUCAAUCCAGUGCUUGCAUUGCUGAGAUUAAGAAAGCUCAUGAACUUCUAUCAAUAACCACUGCUGAUCUGAUAUUUUUCCCUGUCAUAGUUCAGCGUCAUUGGGUUCUGAUUUGUGUUAAUCUUCUCUACAAGACAAUCAAUUUCUUUGAUUCUGUGAAAAUCACGUCUGAUCAUGAUGUUGUUCGUAUGACUCAAAACCUUGCCACAAAUUUUACAACUGCAUGCUUCGAGGCAAAUAUUUCUACUCAAGGUUUCAAGCAUUUCAAGCCAUAUUCACCUCCUAGCUAUCCUUGCGAAGCUGUAGUUAAUGAAACUCGUCGAGCUGUAAGUCUUGACUGUGGAUUCUACUGUAUUCUCUACAUGGAUUGUUUUGAUGGUUUAAAUGUCAGAGAAUUUGACCAGCUUGUUGUGGCAGAGUACCGGAAAAUAGUUGCAUACAAGAUUUUCUACUCUCCACUGAACAUGUAUUCCCGUAUGUUACCAGAGACUGAGUUAGCUGCAUAGUCUUCCUACUAUAUAACUUUAGUGCAACUGGGGUUUUAUCUCUUGUACAUAUUCUUAGUGCUCAUCUUAGCUUUGGUUAUGUAAUGCUAUAGAGUAUAGCCUAUCUUUUGCUUCCCCUGGACUUCUCCAUUGAAAGUGAUGUUGGCGGUGUAAUGGCAGACUGCUGUUGUCUGGGAUGUUAUCUCGUGCACGUAUUCUUAGUGCUGUUUUAGGGUUCAGCCAGUGGUGUUGGUUAUGUAAUGCUACAAAACAUGGCUUAUCCAUGCUUCCUUAGAUUUGUCCACUGCAAGUGCUGUUUGCUCAUCCAAUACUAGAUAACAUGGCUUCUCCUUGCUUGUCUA